AUGCUGUUCUCUCAAAGAAGUGCCUGCGAUCGCUGCCGUGCUCUCAAGAGCCGUUGCUCCAGAGAAACUGGAGCGGCCAAGUGCGAAAGAUGUCAACGACUCCAGAUCGACUGUUUCUAUAGCCCUCCGCGGCGCAUGGGAAGACCGGCAAAGAAGCGCUUGAACCCGGAAGCUGCGCAGUCAACCCCUUCAACCACAUUCCGACGAUCCUCGACAAUGUCGAGCAACACCACUGUUCAAACAAUCACAAGCCCGCCCGAAGUGCUUCCAUCCAACGUCCACGAUGCGAGCGACUUCCAACAAUAUGGGAUAGGAAUUAUACCGAGCCAUCCGGAGGAAGAUGGAACUUGGACUGGCAACUUCGAGGACCCUUUACUCGGACUCCUACAAAGCAAUGACACGAAGCUGAUGCCCACGGAGUGGAUGGAUACGGACACGCUGGGGUUCUUGGCUCAUCAAGAUGAAAGUCUUGUAGCACAACCUCACGACCUGCCACUUACACCCCCAACAACGAUUGGCUCUUUACCCACCAACACAGAAGAUAGCUGGAUUCCAGGAUGUGAUCACCCAUCCGAGUUCAGUCACGCCGAAUCCUUUGCCGGCGAUACUAUGCCUUCAUCACCAGAAGCAACUUCACGAUCAUCCGAGUCGGCAGCACAGCGGCUCAUGGAUCUUCAGUCUCUGCUGUUCUCACGGCACAUCACCAGAGCACAGGACGCAGACGGGCUUACGACACUGAUCAACACGACCGUGCACUCGACAGAAACUCUCAUUGAUGUCGUGGAAAGCUUGCCACUAGUGAGGCCGAGCGUGGAAGGACGACGAUCUACUUCACCGCCAUCCUGCUGGACCGGAGCACCCGACACUUCCGGCUUCGCCACACAAGUAGUACCACAGCUUCCGAAAGAGCCAGUACAACAUCUACACCAGCCACCAAACCUGACUCUCGUUAUCUCUCUUUUUAUGACAAAUUAUCUUCUUCUCCUGGAUUCUUACGAAGAACUCCUCGGCGCUCUGAGGGGCCGUCUUCAAUGUUCACGGCAGAGCCAGGGCCCGAGUCCCGGCAGUGACUUCAGCCUGGCACAACCAUUUUUGGGCAACAACACACCCAACGGAAACCUCAACAAAUUUAACGUUGUGAGCUCUUUUGACUUGGACGUCAACUCGGUCGUAUUCUUGUUGUCUCGAAUGAUGAAGAGACUACACAAAUCUACGGAAUGCCGCUUCAACUCCGUUUCCAUGACACCACCUGCCGUUAGCCAGUCUCGAGGUCAAGGAUUCUCGACUUCGGCUACAUCAUACAACUUUGACUUCCAAGAUGGGAUAAGCCAGGAUAUAGACGGGUGCUCGGAAGCGUCAGGGGCCUUUUCUCCGAUGGCUCUGAUGGGGGACUAUGCACUGCGGGAAGUAAGCCAGAGGCACCAGGGCGUAAUGGAGUCGCUCCGUGUGAUUAGGUGGCUUGCGGACGAAUUAUGA